AUGGAACAAGAUACAUUGCUGGAGGAGGAAAUAGAUUUUGAUCAACAACAAGAAGAACAGCAGCAUUAUCAUGGAGAGGAUAUCCACUCGGAUGAAAAUAUUUUGAAUGAAUCUACAAGUAAUGAUAAUCAAGAGGAAAUAGUCAAUAGUGAUGAACAAGGACAAGACGAGGCUUUGUGUAGAAUUUGCAAACAGCCUGCAGCUGAUGAUGACCCUCUUUUCCAUCCGUGCAAGUGUUCCGGAAGUAUUAAAUACAUUCACGAAUCAUGUUUAAAUGAAUGGAUGAAACACUCUAACAAGGGAAAAUAUUGUGAAAUAUGUAAACAUCAAUUCAAGUUUGAAAAAGUGUAUACUACAGAUGCACCUAUUAAAUUGUCACCCUUGCAAUUUAUUUUAGGCUUACUUUCGGUUGUAUUUAGUUAUUUAAAAUCAAUUAGUAGAAUUCUUCUUGUAGUAUUCAUUUGGAUAGUUUUAGUACCUUUUAUUACCUAUCAGUUUUAUAGGAUUGUGAAUAUAACCUCAUGGAGACAAAUACUGUCAAUAGUUGAGUUUGAAACUCUAUUCGAAGAUUUUUCUCUCUUAUUAUUCAUCAGGGAUUGUAUGUUAGGAGGAACAAUUUGUUUAUUUGUACUACUUUUAGAUUUGAUUACUGCUGGAGUUUUAGAAUUCAUCAAGUCUAAUUUGGAGUUGUUAGAAAAUUAUGUUAAUCCUCAACAACAAAAUCAAGUGGCAAAUAAUCAACCACAACCUGUUAAUGCUCAAGUAGCUAAUAAUGCUAAUAAUAAUAACAAUGAAGUUUUAACAUUGAGGGAUUUGCUGAACCAAGAGCAAGAAAUGCAAGAAGAGGAUGAAAAUAAUGGGAAUGAAAACAAUGAAGAUCAGGAAGAAGAGGAAGAAGAGGAAGAAGAAGAGAAUAUUGAGAAUGAAAAUAAUGAUAAUCAGCCAAACAUUAUUCAACCUCCUCAACCAAUUGUUAAUAAUCAACCACCAAAUAAUCCUCCACAACAACAACAACAACCUAGAGAGGAAUUGGAUUUGGAAGAAAUGAUUGGUAUCAAGGGAAAGAUUUCUCAUUUGAUUGAAACUGUUGCUUUGGUACUUUUCGUCAAUUCUCAACACAUAUUGUUGUUACUCUUCCUUCCUCUACAAAUUGGAAGGUUUUUAUGCACAACCAUUGUUCAAGAAUUGGAUAUUUCGUCAGUAAUUUAUCAAGUCUUGGCUGAACAUAAUUUAUUGAAGAACACAACUCAAAUUAUUUCCAAUGUUACCCAAACCAUGAAUGAGGUAUUUAAUCAAACUAUUACCACUAAUGGAACCAUGGCCAAUGAACCUAAGGAAUCUGUGGAAUUGACUAGUAUUAUGGUGUUUGCCGAAAAGAUAGCACAUAUUUUGACUGGUUAUGCAUUUUUGAUAGGAAUGAUUUAUACCUAUGUAGUCAUCAAUUAUUUGCUACAUUAUGGUAUUUCUAAGAAGUACUUCCCAAUAAGUGGAUUGGCUAAGAAAUUGGUUUAUUAUACCAAGUAUGUGUUGCUCCUUGUCAAGAUUGCUGCAAUUCUUGCCACCAACUUUAUUUUAGUUCCUUUCUUAGUAGGAAUGUUACUUGUCUUUUCAACCAUUGAAUUCUUUAAAAGAAAUGAGAAAUCAGUUCUUCCUCAAGACUUUACAACAACAUCCAAUUCUACAAGUUUCUCUAUUGCAGACCAAGCUUCAAUGAUUUAUAAUAGUACUGCUCCAAUAGUCCAGGAAUUUACUGAGAAAAAUGCUACUGAAUUAGUAAGAGGUUUAAUUAUUGGUACUCAUGCUUAUUUCCAAUCAGUGUCUGUGGAGUGGGUUCUUUCAAGAAUGGUUUACAUCAUGAGUGUAUCAUUUAUUUAUUUCGUAUUUGGUAUCGUUGUAGUAGUAAUUGCUAGUAGCUUUAUUCAAAUGCUUAGAUCCUUCCUCUCAAAGAGAGUACUUUGGUUUUUGAGAGAUCCAGACGACCAAAAUUUCCACUACUUGAAGGAGCUAGUGACUCUUGGAGUUUUCACACAUAUGCGUAGAAUAUUCUUCUCCUUUGUGUUUUUAUCAAUUCUUGUACUUGCAUUAGUUCGUACUCCUUUGAAGCUUGCUAGAUUUAUUCUUCAAGAUUAUGAUAUUUUCCCUCUUAGAUUGAGCUCUAACUUGAGUGAUGGUGCUAUUUAUUUGGUCAAUUAUGUUUAUACUCACAGAUCACUUACUGAAGCUAUCAAGUGGACUUUGGUUGUAUUGAAAUCAUUUAUUAUGGGAGUAUUUUCUAUUGUGUUGAUCCCAUUACUCAUAGGUGGUGCUGUACAUAUGUCUGUAGUGGUACCAACCACUUUAUUUAUUAGCAAGCUUGAAUCUGAGGAUCUAGAUGAUAGUUUGAGUGGCUCUCAACCUGUUCUUAUGUUGGCAGAGGUAUGGUCAACUGGGUUGUUAUUCACAAUUGUAGCUUACAAAGUGGUUAAGUUCUUGCCAGGUACGGAAGAAAUAUACACAGAAAUUUCCCGCAUCAAGACAAAUGGAUUCAGAAAUGUUGAAUUUAUUAGACCUUUGAAUCGAGUGCUUUUACCAUUUGUGUAUAAUUUGGUUCUUUUCUUGACUUUACCAUUUAUUGUUUCCAAGUUAGUUGUUCCAUUCUUUGUUACUCCAUAUGUUCAAUAUCAAUUGUUUGUGUUGAGCUAUCCUGCUCUUGUUUUUUGGAUUGUUUCAAAACAUAUUUAUUUUGUGUUAGCCAAAUUAUACCACAAACUUCAUGAUUUAGUUAUGGAUCAACUAUUCCUUUCACAAGAAAGAUUAAUCAAUCACAGAGAUCAACAACAAUAA